AUGGCGCCCCCCCGCCGCGGCCGCGCAGGGGCGCUCGCGCUGUGCGGCGGGCUGGCCGCCUGGGGCGGCUCGCGGGCUUUCCUGUUCGGAGGCAGCGACCCGGAGCCGGGGUCUCCCGAGUCCAUUGAGCGCGUCAAGGGGUUGUUGCUCAAGGCGGACGCGGUGUUUUUCGACGUGGACAGCACCGUGGUGAAGACGGAGGGCAUCGACCUCAUGGGCAAGUGCUUCGGGGUCAUGAAGGAGAUCGCCGAGCUGACCCACAAGGCCAUGAACGGGAACGUGAAGUUCCAGGACGCCAUGGCCGACAGGCUGGAGCUCAUGGCGGAGCAUGGCAUGACCAGGGACUCGCUGGAGGAGUGCGUCGUCAGGGAGGGCGUGCCCCAGUGGUCGCCUGGGGUGCAGGAGGUCGUGAAGAUGUUCCACAAGCAAGGCACCGAGGUCUACCUCGUCUCGGGCGGCUUCAAGAACAUGCUCUACCCCCUGGCGCUGGAGCUGCACAUCCCCCAGAACAAGGUCUACGCCAACGAGGUGCUCUUCGACGAGGACGGCCAGUACGCGGGCUUCGACCGGGGGAAUCCCACGGCCGCUUCUGGCGGCAAGCCCAAGGUUCUCAACAUGAUGAAGCGCAAGCACGGCUACAAGACCAUGAUCAUGUUCGGCGACGGGGCCACCGACAUGGACGCGCGCACGCAGGGGCCAGCGGCGGCCUUCGUCGGCUACGGCGGGGUCACCGUGCGGCCGAACAUCAAGGCGGGUGCAGACUGGUUCAUCACCAGUUUUCAGGAGAUCUUGGACGUGCUCCCCAAGGGCCACGCGCUCUGA